UCACAGAGUUUAUCGCCAAUGUUUAUACUAAGUGAAAAUAGCUACAUUGUUACAAUUAGUUGGCGCUACCUUUAUGAAACACGGUGGAAUUUAUAAUCUGCUUGAUAAAGGAGAAGAUUGCCAGUUUGUAUCACUGACAGCCGUGAUCGAACAGUCAGAGUAGAUUCUGUGACGUCAUUGUCAAAGCAGUUUAAAUGACCAACACGAUAAUAGUUUACUUGUCUCUAGCCUACCUAUAACCUGCAAUGCGGCUCUCACUCGCUUGCCUGACAAAGCCCAUUCUUCAUGGAUAUUUCAGGAGUUCAUGCUCUUGGAGGGUUCGAAUUGCUUUUGCUCUGAAAGGUAUUGAAUUUGACCAAGUCCCAGUCAAUCUGAUCAAAGAUGGGGGUCAGCAGCUUACAGACCAAUACAAGGCAUUAAACCCUAUGCAACAAGUGCCUGCUGUCCAAAUUGAUGGCAUCACCCUGUCACAGUCACUGGCAGUGAUCCAGUACAUUGAGGAGACCAGACCAGGACCCAGGCUUCUCCCUGCAGACCCAAAGAAGCGUGCCCAGGUGCGCAUGAUCUCUGACCUCAUCGCCUCCGGGAUCCAGCCUGUGCAGAAUUUGUAUGUGCUACAGAAGAUAGGAGCAGAGAAGGUGCAGUGGGCGCAGCAUUUCAUCCAAAGAGGUUUUGAAGCCCUGGAGCCCAUUCUGAAUGAGACGGCUAGCAAGUACUGCGUAGGGGACGAGAUCUCCAUGGCUGACAUCUGUCUUGUCCCUCAAGUCUAUAAUGCUGAACGGUUCAAAGUGGAUGUUGAUCAGUUCCCAACUAUCAAAAGAUUAAACCAAACCUUACUGAAGGUAGAUGCUUUCAAAGUGAGUCAUCCAUCUUGCCAACCAGACACACCUGCUGACAUAUGUACAUGAUAACCCCUCUGAUAUCUAAAGGAGCCAGUAGUGCCACCAUCAUUGAAUACUUCAAUAAAAUGCUUUGAUAUUAA